AUGCGAUUUGUCACUUUCUCCCUCCUCGGGGCUGUCAUGGGCUUGGCCCAUGCCAUGCCUCAGAGCCACCACCUGGAUGUUGAACUGGAGAGUGAAUUCGGAUCGCUGAUGAAGGCGCAUUCAGCCCGCGGUCUCCCUGCGCCAGGGAAGAAGGGGGUGCUCUUCAUGAACCGCAUCGGGCCGUCGACAUCAGAGCUGUAUGUGGCAGACGCUGACGGCAGCAACGAGCGCAAGCUGCUCGGAAACAGCUCCAGCUUCGAGUACCACGCCUCCUUCUCCCCGGACGGCGAAUGGAUCACCUUCACCACCGAGCGCAACGGCGACGGCAACUCGGACCUCUACCGCUGCCGAACUGACGGCUCCGGACUGGAGAAGAUCAUAGCAACGCCGUCGCUUGAGGACGCGGGUGCCCUGUCCCCAGACGGCAGCAAAGUCGCCUUCGUUUCGACCGAGAAUGGAUACCGGGCCAACAUCUGGGUUCUGGACCUCGCAACAGGCGACCGAUACAACCUGACCAACACUGCCGCCAUCGCCGGCGACCCCAGCCUACCGGACGGCCACUUCCGGCCGAGCUGGUCGCCCGACGGCGAGUGGAUCGCCUUCACGUCGGACCGCAACACGCCGUGGCGCGGGCACGGCAACGGCACCGGCUGGGAACACACUCAGGAACUCUCCGUCUACGUUAUCCGCCCGGAUGGCUCCGACUUCCGCCAGCUCGCCACCAAGGAGGGAUACUGCCUCGGCUCGCCCAAGUGGUCGCCGGACGGCAAGCGCGUCGUCUACUACGAGGUGACGACUGAGAACACCUGGGGUUCCCACCGCCCGGAGUCGGUCGCCAGCGUCACAUCCCAGAUCGUGUCGGUCGACUUCGAGACUGGCCUGGACCGCGUCGAGCACACCUCGGGCUCCGGCCUGAAGAUGUUCCCGCAGUUCAUCUCGGACGAGGACAUCGGCUUCCUUGUCAAGGGCGGCGACAACGAGGGGCUCAACUACACCUCUUACGCCUCGGGCCGCGCUCAAGUCAAGGCCGAGGUCCGCUCGCCGGCCUGGUCGCCCGAUGGCAAGACGGUCGUCUACGAGAAGGUCGGCUUCACGGCGCGCCCGAUGGAGAAGAAGCUGUACAGCUGGGACAACGAGUGGGAGUACCGCUUCACCGACGUCUUCCCCGAGCUGUCGCGCCAGGGCAAGCUCGUCAUCACGCAAAAGCAGCUGGGCAACUCGUCCGUCGUCACCAUGAACCCCGACGGCACCGACGAGAAGACCGUCUUCGACGCCUACACCACGGGCGAGCUGGAUUCGUCGCUGGUCGGCCAGGGUCUGGCCGGCGCCUUCCAGCCCGCCUGGUCGCCCGACGGCGAAUGGAUCGCGUUCGGCUUGGGCCAGUGGUUCCAGUCGCGCGCCACGGGCAAAGCCAGGAUCUACAGGACGACGUCGAACAGCUCCUUCUACGAGGCCCUGACCGACGGCACUGUGCACUCGGGCUUCCCCAGCUACUCGGCCGACGGCCGCUACAUCGUCUUCCGCGAGUGGGGUGUCCGCUACGGCCUCCGCAUCAUCGACCUCCAAGACAAGAGCUACCACGUCCUCACUAAUGCGACUGACAACCUGCCCGGCUGGUCGCCCGACGGAGAGCGCAUUGUGUUUACGCGUAAGACGAGCGCUACUAACUUCGACGUCUGCACCAUCCGCCCCGACGGCACGGACUUGCAGGUGCUGACAUCGAGCGGUGCCAACGAUGCGCACGCUGUGUGGACUGCUGAUAACCGUAUUAUGUACUCCAGUGGAAUGUAUGGCUUCCGUGAUGAGGCUGCCAUCUACGACGAGACUUUCCAGCCGUACGGUCAGAUCAUUGUUAUGAAUGCCGACGGUUCGAAUAAGACGAUGCUUACGGAUAGUCUGUGGGAGGAUUCGAUGCCGCUGUAUGUCCCCAAUGAGUAUCUGGUUUGA